AUGUACCGUAUCCUGGUUUGGGUGCCGGUGUUUGGCCUGGACUUGAAUGGGGCCAGGGCGGCAACCUGGCAUGAGAUGUGCUUUGGCCAGCCCAACCAUGCCAUGGCGCCCCUCCUGUGCACCUUUUUUGUGGGAGUCUUCGUCUGGACUGUCCUCCAGCAUUUCCUCACCGUAGAUGUCCUCUCUACCUUGCAACAUCCCGCCAAGUUCAGAUUUCUGCAUUGCCUGUUCUUGUGUGCUUUAACUUUGGGGAAUAUAUUUGAGAGGCUGGGAAUCUGCUCCAGGCCCAGAUUUACCCAGUUAUUGCAUGGUUUUGUGAGAAUAAAAAAGGAUGCUAGACUUGUAGUGACUGACCUGUAUUUUGGGACCAUACCUGUGAGGCUGUUCCAAUCCAAGGCAGAGUCCUCCAGCCCCUGGUGAGGCAUCAUCUUCUUCCACGGAGGAGGCGGGUUCAUGGGGAAUUUGGACUUGUACCACAACCUGUGCAAUUUUCUGGCCCUGGAGACUGAUUCUGUGCUGCUGUCGAUUGGGUACGGCAAGCUUCCUGAUCACCAUUACCCCAGCAUUUUCUGAGAUUGCCUGAAUGCCUCCAUUCACUUCCUGAAGGCCCUGGAAACCUACAGGGUGGACCCCUCCCGCUUUGUGAUCUGUGGAGACAGCACUGGGAGAGCGUAUGUAGUCUGUGUCACCCAGGACCUGGUGGGCAGAUCAGAUAUUUCCCAGAUCCGGGCCCAGGUCCUGAUUUAUCCACUUGUUCAGAUCAUCAGUUUGCAGCUGCCAUCUUACUGGCAGAGCAGAAAUGUCCUCCUGCCCCAGAAGUUCAGGAUGACAUGUAUGUUUAAAUAUAUGGUUAUCGACUUUCACUGGUGGGAAGCCAUCUUGGAUGGUGCCUUAAUGCCCCCAGACUUCUGGAGGAAGUACAAGCAGUGGCUCAGCUCUGACAACAUACCCAGGAGAUUCAGGAAGAUGCGCCACCAACCUGUGUUUCCCGGCCCUUUUAAUGGGGCUGCCUAUCUGGAAAACAAACAUCUUUUGGAUGUAGAAAAUGCCCCUCUGAUAAGAGAUGAUGAGACCAUUGCUCACCUUCCCAAGGCCUUCCUGGUGAGCUGUGAGCAUGACAUCCUCCGUGAUGACACCUUGCUCUAUAUGAAGCGCUUGGAGGACCAGAGGGUCCCCGUGAUGUGGUAUCAAGUAGAGGAUGGCUUUCAUGGGUCCCUACUGCUUUUUGACAAGGAAAUUUUCUUGUUCCUGUGCUCCCUGAAAAUUGUGAAUGCUAUAGCCAAUUAUAUAAAGAGCAUAUAG